GUAACAUCUGAAGGACAAGUUCCUUAUCUUUUACUGUAUAGGCUCUUCAUCUUCAACCUCAACCUCAACCUCAACCCUGUCUUGCUUGCAGUACCUAAUUUCUUCUCCUGAUCCUGAGUGCUGCUGUCUCCUUCUAAAUUCUAUGCAGAGUAUGGCCACCACGCUCUGUCUUCUAAAGCUUCCAAUUCUUCCUAACAAGCCACGCCAAUUAUCCUCAAAAGUUGUUCCACUUCCUUCCAUCUCUGCAAAAUUGAAUACCCCAAAAGAACACAAGUUCUUGGGUCAUAAUAUCAAUGCUCUCAAACCCGCUUCUCUUUCUCUCACAGCAAUCACAUUUCCAUUCUUAUUUGAACCCAAGGAUGCACUUGCUGUUGGUGGAGAGUUUGGGAUAUUGGAAGGAAGAACAUUUGCUCUCAUACACCCCAUUGUGCUUGGAUCUUUGUUCUUCUAUACCUUGUGGGCAGGGUAUUUGGGGUGGCAAUGGCGGCGAGUAAGGACUAUUCAGAACGAGAUUAACGAACUCAAGAAACAAGUUAAACCUACACCAGUUACCCCAGACGGGAAACAAGUAGAAGCACCACCUUCACCGGUUGAACUCAAAAUACAACAACUUACUGAGGAUAGGAAAGAGCUGCUCAAAGGUUCAUACAGGGAUAGACAUUUCAAUGCAGGAUCCUUGCUUCUAGGAUUUGGGGUGCUUGAGGCAGUUGGUGGAGGGUUGAACACAUGGUUUAGGACAGGAAAGCUAUUUCCUGGUCCACAUUUAUUUGCUGGAGCAGCUAUUACGGUCUUGUGGGCACUGGCAGCAGCUCUAGUACCACCAAUGCAGAGAGGGAGUGAAACAGCCAGAAAUCUCCACAUUGCGCUGAAUGCAUUAAAUGUUUUGCUCUUUGUGUGGCAGAUUCCCACUGGAAUUGAAAUUGUAUUCAAAGUGUUUGAGUUCACAAAAUGGCCUUGAAUGUAAUAUUCCCAUCUCUAAGUUCCCUAGAAUUUUGCUUUCAAUUUAGCUUUCUGCUAACAUCAAAUAAAGCAAAAUUUGGCAUUUUCCAUUUUCAUUUGGCCAUGUACCAUAUUUUUGUGCCAGUCAAGCUUUGCAUGAUUGUAUUACACGAUUCUUUUAGUAUAAUUUAGCAUAUA